GCCGAGUCGAGAAGAAGAACAGAAAAGGAACAAGAUCCUAGAUAUCCCCCACCAGAUGCAGAGGUGGUCCACGGAACCGCCUCCGCGAUCUACCAUCCAACGUUUGGUGCGUGUGCCAGACGUGUGCUCAUCCGGUCGGAGUGCGAACCAAGGAAAAGAAUAAAUCGAGUCGCGAACGUACCAAAACCCGUAAACGAUAUUUAUCGUGCGAGAUAAGAAGAAGGGCCGGUCGCUGAGAGAGUGGCGGAAAUCGAUGCGACGCCGAUAUACGGACUACCAGGAGGGACAAGGGUCGGUUUAUGAUAAAUCACGGCACGAUAACCUCGGAUUAAUUACUCGGUUCUUUUCUUCGUUUUCCUCGGUUCUUUACGAUGCGCCUCUCGACGACGCGUUUUACGUGAAGAAAGAACAGUGUGCGCAGGAUAGAGCGGCAGGCGGGCCGAUAAGUUCGACGUUUCGGUGAAAGUCGUUGCUCGCGGUCAAACGCGACUGGUCGUGCUAUCUACAAAAAGAAAAAGAAAAAGGACGUUCGUUCGACAAGGAAGAAGAUCGUCCGUGUUACGAAUGUGAAUAUCUACGAUAAGUAAUUGGAAAUAACAUUGAGGAAGAUGGAAGCCCACCAAGGUGGCGGUUUAUCGUCUGCUGCGACAGAAACGGAAGCUGGACCGUCGAGCAGCGAACGAUGCGGCAACGAGCAAUGCACCAGCACUCUGGACGAUGCAGUGGGCAAGCUACUUCAAGGCUACGACUGGACCCUGCUUCCGGUCACUUCUCGCGCAGGAGGACGAAGAAGCGCUCACGUGAAACGUCCGAUGAACGCGUUUAUGGUUUGGGCUCAAGCGGCCAGACGCAGAUUGGCGGAUCAAUAUCCGCAGCUUCACAACGCCGAACUUUCGAAAACGUUAGGAAAACUGUGGAGAAUCCUAAGCGACGGUGAGAAACAACCGUUCAUAGAGGAAGCUGAGAGACUGAGGAACGCGCACAAAAAGCAACAUCCGCAUUACAAGUAUCAGCCGCGUCGACGGAAACCAAAAUCGGAGGAACAAAUGGGCAUCGUGAUGCAUCGAGCUACUUUGUCCUCUCCAGGCACGUCUCUAGACUCUACCAACUCGUCCGACUGCACUUAUCCUCGCCUAUAUCCAGAUACCGGGAUCAAAACGUACGACAGACCGACUUACCACGAUAGCAAAACCAGCUACGAUCUGUCGAGAUCGGCUUGGUCCGCCGACACGAGCAAAUACCCGGUCGAUCAUUCGAUCGUAGAAAGCAAACCGUACGACGGUAUCAGAUACGAAUCGAACGUAGCGGCGAAAAGCUACGUGGACGCCAAGUGCUACGAGACGGUCAAGUAUCACGAGGUAUCUACCGCUGCAAAAUAUCACGAGACGAUUCCAAAGUAUUCCGAGUUGCAAACGAAGCCUUACGAUCUACCCAAAUACCCGGAGAAUCCCUUAAAAUAUCCCGCGGAUGUUACCAGCCCGGGCAAAUCAUACGCGUGCGUACACAGCCAGUAUUACUCCGCUCCAGAGGGAUACACUAUGCACGAGGAGAACGAAUACCAAACGCAGGGAGUUUCGACCCAUUCUUUCUAUCCGUAUAUUUCCGCGUCUAUGACGCAACCGCCUUAUUACAUGGGUCCUCGAUAAAUCGCUCUCGUGCGAUGUGUUUUAUUCAGGGACCGAAAAUAACAGUUGUUUUCUAUAUUUUUACGGAAAAUUUCGACAAAAAAUGAAUUUUUGCUUAAACAAAAAAUUUUUAACAGACUAAAUGAUUUAAAAUCGGUAAUUUUUAGGUAUU